AUGCAAGAGGCCAGAGAGAUUUUCAAGCGUAGGAACCAUCGGGCUGAAAAUUGGGAUUUUCAACUGCUCGAUGAAAAUUAUCAAAUUGAAUCUAAUUAUGCAGAUUUUAAUUAUAAUUAUGAGUAUUUUUGGGAGGAAAAGGACGAUUUUUGGGUAGAAAAUUCACCAAUUAGGCAUCCGGAAUACUGGAAUUUCGAACCCGAUUAUGAACCAGAUUUUGAACCUGUUUAUGAGACUGUUCAUAACUAUCAACUUGACUAUGCGCCUGCUUAUGAGCAAAAUUAUAAUCCUAGUUUCGAGCCUGAUUUCAGUUAUCAACUGAAUUAUGAGCCCACUUGUGAGCCAAUUUACGAACUGGAUUAUGAGCCCGAAUACGGAGCUGGUUAUAAUUAUCCAUUGGAGUUUGAAUAUGAGACCGAUAUUGAGCCCAAAUCUAGGUCAAAUUACAAACAUGAUUUCGAGCCUGAUUAUACUUAUGAGCAAGUUUUUGGGCCAUGUUUCAGGCCAAAUUAUGACCCGAAUGAUGAACUUGUUUAUAAUUAUUCACCAGAUUAUGAACCAACGUUUCGAACUGAUUUUGAGCCCGAAUGUGAGCUCGAUUAUAGGCGUAUUUAUGCUCCAAUUUACAAACCGAAUGAACUCAAUAUUGAGCCAAUUUAUAGACCGGAUUAUGAAACUGAAUUCGAACCUAUUUAUGAGCUGGAUGAGCCCGAUUGUGACCCUAAUUACGAUCCAAAUAACUGCCAACCCGACGAAGAAAAUCGAGAAUAUUCCGAACAAUCCGAGGGAUUUUUCGAAGCCGAAUCGGGCGUUGAAACAAUUUCCGAAGUUUUGAAUGAGCCCGAAGAGCACGAGGAUUUAAAAUCGGAUUAUAAGUUGGUUUGGGAUCCGACUACAGAUACUUAUUCGAAAGUUUGGAAAUAA